ACCCGGAUGAGAGCAACGGUUAGGGUACGCAGAUGGGAACGGCCUGCAACUAGUGGUCCGGGGACGGCUUUUCGACGCCCACCGGGCCCUCAGAGCCCGCCUGCUGGCUCCCCUUCCCCAAUCCGCGCCCCUUUCCUUCCCCAGCGUCUGCCUCCUUCCCUCCUCCCUAGCUCCAGGAGUCCUCAGGGCUGUUUUUCCCCUUUUGGAACCGGAAGGGCUGCGGAGGACAAGAGGUGCUGCCGCUGCCUCCACUUCAGACCAGACAGCACUCAGGAUUGGCCACUCUGCAGCAGCUCAGAGCAGAAGUGUGAGCUCAACUUGUUUCAGAACUUCCCUACCAUGACCUCCAAGAAGCUGGUGAACUCAGUGGAAGAGUGUGCUAAUGAGGCCCUUGCUGGGGUAGUGGCCUGUAACCCUAACCUGCAGCUCCUCCAAGGGCACCGUGUGGCCCUGCGUUCUGACCUGGACAGCCUCAAAGGCCGGGUGGCACUUCUUUCAGGUGGAGGCUCAGGCCAUGAGCCUGCACAUGCCGGUUUUAUCGGGAAGGGGAUGCUGACGGGGGUCAUUGCAGGAUCUGUGUUCGCUUCUCCAGCUGUGGGCAGCAUCCUGGCAGCCAUUAGAGCUGUGGCCCAGGCAGGCACAGCGGGCAUCCUCCUCAUCGUGAAGAACUACACUGGAGAUCGACUCAACUUUGGAGUUGCUAUGGAGCAGGCCAAGGCUGAGGGCAUCUCUGUGGAGAUGGUGGUAAUUGGGGAUGACAGUGCCUUCACUGUCCUGAAGAAGGCUGGCCGGCGUGGCCUGUGUGGCACAGUGCUUAUCCACAAGGUAGCAGGUGCUCUGGCUGAGGAAGGUGUGGGGCUGGAGGAGAUCGCAAAGCGGGUGAACAUGGUCGCCAAGGCCAUGGGUACCCUGGGGGUGAGCUUGUCCUCCUGUAGUGUCCCUGGCUCCAAACCCACCUUUGAGCUUGCAGCUGAUGAAAUAGAAGUAGGCCUGGGAAUCCAUGGGGAAGCUGGUGUUCAUCGGGUAAAGAUGGCACCUGCUGAUAAGAUCGUCACUCUCAUGCUUGACCACAUGACAAACACCUCCAAUGUAUCCCAUGUGCCUGUACAGUCAGGCUCUUCAGUGAUGCUGAUAGUCAACAAUCUGGGUGGCCUGUCUUUCCUGGAACUGGGCAUCAUAGCUGAUGCUGCUGUACGCUUGCUGGAGGGCCGUGGGGUGAAGAUUGUCCGUGCCAUGGUGGGUACCUUCAUGUCAGCACUAGAGAUGCCUGGUGUUUCCCUUACCCUGCUGCUUGUGGAUGAACCCCUGCUGAAGCUCAUAGAUGCUGAAACUACUGCAGCAGCCUGGCCUCACGUGGCCAAGGAUGCUGUGACUGGGCGGAAGCGGAUCCGAGCAGCUCCCACAGAGCCUCCAGAGGUCCCUGAGACCACUGCAGCAGAAGGUGCAGCAUCCAAGCAGAUGAAGCUCGUGCUGGAGCGGGUAUGCACCACCCUGCUCGGACUGGAGGAGCACCUGAAUGCCUUGGACAGGGCUGCUGGUGAUGGGGACUGUGGCAUUACUCAUAGCCGUGCUGCCAUAGCCAUCCAGGGCUGGCUAAAGGAGAACCCAGCUCUAGCCAACCCUGCCCAGGUGCUCUCCAAAGUGUCUGUUCUGCUGCUGGAGAAGAUGGGAGGCUCAUCUGGGGCGCUCUAUGGCCUGUUCCUGACUGCAGCUGCCCAGCCUCUCAAAGCCAAGACUGACCUUUCAGCCUGGUCUGCUGCCAUGGAUGCCGGCCUGGAGGCCAUGCAGAGGUAUGGAAAGGCUGCACCAGGAGACAGGACAAUGCUGGAUUCUCUGUGGGCAGCAGGACAGGAGUUCCAAGCCUGGAAGAGCCCAGGAACAAGUCUCCUCCCAGUCCUGACUAAAGCAGUCAAGAGUGCUGAAGCUGCAGCCGAGGCCACCAAGAACAUGGAAGCUGGUGCUGGAAGAGCGAGUUACAUCAGCUCUGCACGACUUGAUCAGCCGGACCCCGGAGCGGUGGCCGUGGCCGCCAUCUUCCGUGCCAUCCUGGAGGUCUUAGAGACACAGAAAGCAUGACUGCCUCUUCUCCUCCUCAGCUCCUCCCCCCUGCUCGUUACUUCCUCUUGCCUUCAGCUGGUCACCUUGCCCUCUCUCAUCCUCUGCAUGGAGCAGGGCAUCCUCCACCGCACCUCCAGAACUGUUCCAUGAAUAUGAACAAUCUGUUCCAUGAACAUCAAUAAGGGUCUGGCUGGGUGAUCCCGUGCCCUGCCAGCACUGCCCUUUCCCUCCUCAGGGAAGAGGAGUCCCUCAGGUCAUGUUCACCCCACCCCAGCCAUCACUGAAUGUCAGUGAUAAGGCUUUUCCUGAGUACAACACAGCCUCAACUGGGUGUACCCAUUUGGUUUCAAGACUCCAGGCCUCUUCCUCUGGAAGGCCCCUUCCUCUGGAAAGCCUCCUAUGCCCAGUGUAUGAAAGAAAGCUAAUAAAACCCAUG